ACUCUGCCUUUCGCUUUUCGUUGACUUGGACGUCGGCUGUUAAAAGUCGGGUCCAGUUGAAGAAGAGUUUUCCGCUUCUCUUUACGCGGGCUGGUUAUACCACCUGGAGUGUCCUGAACUAUAGAAUUACGAAACUACAGUCAGAUAGUUGGAUGGAUUAUGAUUACUGGAGGAUGUAUUGAGUGCGCGCUUUGUUGCUGUUCUGCUGGAGUUGCGGUGGCUGUUCUCAGAUUCUGCGUUGCGGACUGUUGUCGCGUGCGCCAGUACGUUGCUACAACAUUUCCUCUCUCCUCUAUCAUGUCAUCACCGUGCAUCUAUUCGAAACACUUUCCAUCAUUCCUUAUCCUGUAGCUAUGAAGCUAGUUAGAUGCGCGUACAACUAAUACGAUUUUGCGAUGUCGUCGCCGUCUCUACAUCCUCUCUCGGGGACGCGCUCUCACUAACCUAGGCUCUCCACCAUCACAACCUAGCCCCAAGCAAGCUACUCAUCAUCAGCAAAGAUGCGGUCAUCCAUUUUUCCGCGUCUCACAACCUCUACUAUCCAUUCAUUUGUUGAGGAAGAUUACAUCUACCCCAUCGCGCACAAAAACUAGACACCGCUGUUGUCGAGGGGCGCAAGCAGUAGCAAGAACCCCCCUAAGGCUUUUCUAGCAACUAUCACGAACACCAUAGCUAAAUAACCUCAACAGACCGAUCUCCAGCACGUCAUCGUUCUUGCAGACCGCAAACCUCAACCAAUCCUCCACAAUAUGCGCAUUCCCCGGCGUGAAGAACUCGGUCGGCGGAAUCGCCGCAACACCCACCUCCUUGAUCAAAAACCAGCUCAACUGGAAAUCUCGAGGCCGUUCCGCAACGUGGGGUGGGAAGUCGUAGUCGGCUGGUAGCUUGACUUUGCUCAUGUUGACGAGGACAAAGUAUCCACCCUCUGGGUCCGAGUAAGGGAGGCCCAGCUCAUCCCA